AUGGCGAGAUUGCUGCAAUUUGGUCUUCUCGUCGUCCUUCCAAGUGGAAAGCCUCUAGAAGCCCAGAUGCGGAAGGCGGUGGAGUCCUCGACCUUCGCAAAGCGAGAUGUCUUUGCUAAGAUAUUCCUAGUCGUCAUUCAAAGAGUGAAAUCUGCGUCGGUCACCGUUGACUCCGAACUAAUUUCAUCCAUUGGCAAGGGUCUACUGGUCUUUGCCGGUGUUGGCAAAGAUGAUACUGAGAAGGAAGCUGAAACUCUGGUGAACAAGGUGCUGAAAGCCAAGUUCUGGCCUGAUGAGAAUGGCGCGCAGUGGAAGAAAAAUGUCCAAGAUAUCGAGGGAGAAGUCCUUUGUGUGUCGCAAUUUACUCUUUUCGGCAAGAUGAAGAAAGGCAACAAGCCGGACUUUCACGAAGCGGCCGAUGCGACCACAGCGCGAAAGCUCUACGACUACUUCUACAACAAGAUGAAGGUGACCUAUGUCCCAGAUCGAGUGAAGAAUGGCGUUUUUCAAGCCAUGAUGGACGUGGAAUUGAAAAAUGACGGGCCGGUGGGUGUGAACUACCGCAGUGAAGAUGCGGCGGUGACAAUUGAGAUCGAUACUAAUCUCCCGAAGAAGGAGCCCAAAGAGCCCAAGCAGGAUCAAAAUGGCAAGAAGGGCAAGUCAAAGGACGGCGACGAUGACGCAGAGACAGGGCGCACGUUUGAAUUUACGAUACCCCCGGAGUUAUUAGCAUGA